CCCCACUCUCUCUCUCUCUACACCAUACCCAACUCAUACGCAACGAUGCUCCAUUGAUUCCCUCCUCUUUAGGGCAAACCUCUGCUUCUGAUUCUCUCAGCCGCAUGGGUGAUUUGAUUGUACAGGUUUCAACCUCAUUCACGCCUUAGAAUCCAGCUCCUCUUCAUAACCAUGUCACAGAAGCGUGGCAAAGAGCAGGAUGGCAGUUCCCCCGAAGAAAAGCGUCAAAGAGUUCCCGCCCUGAGAAGAGUGAUUCUGGAAGCGGUGAAGAUGGACACAAUUCAAAAAAUCUGUUCCACAUUGGAGCCCGUGCUUCGUAGAAUUGUAAGUGAAGAAGUAGAGUUGGCACUAGCAAAGCAUUCAUCUGGCCAACUUCGAUUUUGCAGUGAACAGCAGAUAUACCCGUCUUUGUCAAGAAGCUUGCAACUACAGUUUACGAAGAAGCUAUUUCUUCCAAUCUUUACUGGAACAAAAAUUGAAGGAGAAGACUCGUGUCCUAUAGCCAUAGAAUUGGUUGAUUCCUUGACAGGGCAGGUUGUCACUACAGGUCCGGAAUCCUCGGUUAAAGCUGAAAUUGUAGUUCUCGAAGGAGAUUUUGAAGGUGAUGAAGAACUAGAGUGGACCUUUGAAGAAUUUAAAAACAAUGUAGUGCGAGAAAGGGAUGGAAAACGGCCGCUUCUCAUGGGAGAUUUGUUUCUAAAUUUGGAUAGAGGGACCAGAGUUGUAGGUGAAUUGACGUUUACUGACAAUUCAAGUUGGACACGCAGUCGUAAAUUUAGGCUUGGGGCAACAGUGGCGCAUGGUUAUCUUGAUGGUGAGAGAGUCAAAGAAGCAGUAACAGAAUCUUUUAUGGUUAAAGAUCAUCGUGGAGAAUUGUACAAGAAGCACCAUCCUCCAUCCCUUGGAGAUGAAGUAUGGCGCCUGGAAAAGAUUGGUAAAGACGGUGCCUUCCAUAAGCGUCUCAACAGUGAGAGGAUCUUUACUGUUAAGGAUUUUCUAAGACUUCUUGUUAUGGACUCGCAAAGGCUACGAAAUAUCCUAGGCACUGGAAUGUCUGCCAGAAUGUGGGAAGUCACAGUUGAUCAUGCGAAGACGUGUCCACGCGAUACCCAGGUUUAUGUAUACUAUCCAGAUGCUCAACCCAGGACUGGAGUGAUUUUCAGUGUCAUAGGUGAAGUUUUGGGGCUUCUCUCUGAAACACAAUACGUGACCAUGGACAAGCUUUCGGACUCUGAUAAGACCCUAGUGUGCAAUCUGGCGAAAGCUGCCUAUGAGAACUGGAACCAAGUGGUACCCUAUGACAGUUUGGCCAUGCUAGAUUGUUCUUCCUCAUUGUAUUCUCUGGAGUCACAAGCACUAGAUAUUCCCCAUGAAAACUGUAACAAAUUUGGUGGAAUGGGUUUCACCAACCAGAAUAAUAUAUCAUUCCCUGAUCGAAUAUCAUCGGUCUUAACCUUUGAUGCUCAGAGGAGCCUUGAUGAUUUUUCUGUGGGAGCAGGUCUCCUUAAUGACAUCAAUGUACAUGGGUCUUCUAAUUGUGCAGAACCAGAGAGGCGUCUGAGCUCACGCUCUUAUGGAGACCCUGGAGAAUUGUGCAGGAUUACUGACCCUAAGAGGUUUGAGAAAAAAUGCGAGGAUCAGGCCUCAUGUGCUGAUGAUGAUCAUUUACUGUAUUUUGACUCUAAUAUUGAAGCCUUGCACUCUGAGAGCCUUGAAAUGGUAGAAUCGGGAGCAGACCUGGAAUGUGCUGUCAGUGAUUACCUGGCUAUGUCAGCUCGGUCUAGGUCUGAGGCCCAUAGUCAUUUGGGAAGACAGUGGACAAUACUGAUUGCUGUAUUGAGAUGGGGUUUCUCGAUAAAGAGAAUCAUUGCUUCAAAAAAGAAAGAGGGGCUAGGAAGUAGUUGGAAUCCUGUAGGUGGUGCCAAGGAGAGGGAAAGAAGAAAAAAGCAAUAACUAGCAGGGAACCUUGGUGGUUCCAAGCAAGAAGGUUGCGUCUUUCAAGUGGUUCUAAGGAGCUUGAGAAAGAGGCUUACAAUGCAAUGCAGUCAGUUGUGGAGGCGCACAAUGUGAUACACUGUGUUGACAAGGAUGAAAUUUGUAUAGUGAAAUGCAUGUAUAUAAAUACUUUGUACAGAACCCGGUUGGAGGUCUUCCUUUUCUCCAUCAAUUUUCGCUUUUGAUUCAAGUCUUUUUUCCCAGUCCUGCACCAUCCUAUCUUCCUGCAUGAGACUGUCUGUAGUUUGUCAACAAGAGGGUAAAUCCCUGUGUACCAUAAUCCACCUUUUUGUUUUCAUGAAGGACAAUGUUCAUUCCAAAUUCUUGGUCUGAAAUAACUGUGGUUAACCUGCCAUUUCUCUCCUUAAUUGUGUAGUCAGCCUGCUUGUUGCAAAAGGGACUGCAAUGUUUUUUUUAAAUUUCUGGAGCAACGCCGAUGAUACUCUAUGCAAGUAGAAAAGCUUUUUGAUUAUUCAAAAAGAUUUACAGUGA